AUGCUCUCCGAAGACUUUUUCGCCGCCGUCUGCGGCCCGCCAUUGACCAGCAACACGGCCAUUGCGCGCGACGUCAACAUCUACCACCAGACACUCAGCCCUGCCCACUCCGUCCAGGCCACCUUCAAGAAAAGCGCCACACCCGUCGGCGGCCUCGCCGUCAGCACAGCUCACGUCUUUGCCGCGCAGCAGGACCGCGCGUAUGUGCACGUCUACUCGCGGCUGCGCGGCGGCCAGGAGACGUUUGUGCCCAUGCCGGACAAGGUGCGGUGUGUGACGCUCGCGGGUGACGACCAGGGUGUCCUGGUGGCCGGCACAGUCGAGGGUCGACUCAUUCUGUGGGAGACGCGGACAGGGCGGCUGGUCACGACGCCGCCAUGCCAUGUGCAGGCGGUGACGACCCUGGCCUCGACACCAUACCACAUUCUGUCCGGCUCCGAAGACUCCAAUGUGCACGUCUGGUCGCUACCGCAGCUUCUGGCGUUGGGGGCCAAGGAGGGCGAAGGGGCAGACGAGGCAGAGCCGGAGCGGACGUUGGCGCGGCACCGGACCGCAGUCACGAGCCUGGCGGUGGGCGGCAGCAGCGGCCAUCUGGACACGAACCUGUGCGUGUCGGCGAGCCGCGACAAGACGCUUGUGCUGUGGAACUACCAGACGGGUGUGGCCCUGCGCACGCUCCUGUUACCGGCGGUGCCGCUGUGCGUAGUGCUGGACCCAGUGGCGCGAGCGCUCUACGUGUCCACGGACGACGAGUCGACAUCGGGUGCCUCCGCCAGUGGUGGCUCGCUGUUUGCCGUUGAGCUGUUUGGCGACCGGCCACUGCUGGGGGCGCGCGCCGCCGAGGCGUCGUCGACGGCUGUGUCCGUGUCGACGCCGUUCGGCACAGUACCCAGCGACGCCGGCCCGGCAUCGUGCCUGACGGUGAGCUACGACGGUGCCACGCUGCUGUCGGGCCAUCCCAAGGGCCGUAUCAUGCAGUGGAACCUGGGCGAUGCGGGUGAGGAGAAGACGACGCUGCCGGUGGAGCUCUCCAACCUCAACGCAGCCGUGACCAACGUGAUGUUUGUCCCGCCAGCAUUGCCUUCGGCUGCGUCUGUGGUGCCGCCGCAGACGAGCAUCCAGACUGUAGUCAAGCCGUCGCAGAUGGGUCGCGACUACACCGUGACGGCGCGGUUCGACGAGGUGGCCUUUGAUGGCCUGGGUGGCGACGCCGACGCCGACGUGACUGCACAGGAGACGGCUGCCUUUGACGCGCUCAUCAAUCAGCCCGGGUUUCCAGCCGACACAUUGGACAAGGCCAUCCUUGCCUUCCAGCAGCAGCUGGGCGAAGGUGCUGGCAGUGGCAGUGGUGCCAUCAGCAGCAGCCGCAAGCCGGCCGCUGCAGAAACGACAAUUUCAAACAGCGACGCCGCCGAGGCCGACCUCCGGCGGCAGAACGCGGAGCUGCUGGAAAUUGUCAACGAGCAGCAGGCGCUCUACCAAGAGGCCAUCCAGCGCUAUACCGAGCUCAAGGCCUCCCGGUCAUGA